AUGGCCUCCAAUCAGCAUCACCCGGGUAAGCGCCCGGACAUGGAGAACAACGCCGACCCGGACCCCAUCGCAUACGAGACCGACGUCUACCAGAAGGGCCUCAAAUACCAGCGGCCGCCCUUCACCUUCAAGCCGCUGGAUUGGGAACACCUCGCCGGCGAGCGCAUGUCUGCGGACAGUUAUGGCUACGUGAUCGGGUCCGCCGGGUCGGGGGAGACGGCGCGCAAGAACCGCGCCGCGUUCGAGAGGUGGUCCAUCGUGCCUCGACGACUCGUCAAGACCGACGGCUUCCCGGACCUCUCGGUCAGCGUGCUCGGCCAGAAACUGCCGUUCCCCAUUGCCUGCGCGCCGGUCGGCGUGCAGAAGAUCAUGAACCCCGACGGCGAGGUGGCGGCGGCGGCUGCGGCGGCUAAGGAGCAUGUCCCGUUUAUCAUGAGCACGGCGAGCAGCACGAGCAUUGAGGAUGUGGCCAAGGCGAGUGGGGAUGGGACGCGGUGGUUUCAGCUGUACUGGCCAUUGAAUGAGCACAACGAUAUCACGAUUUCUAUGCUGGAUCGGGCGAAGAAGGCGGGUUUUACGGCGCUGUUUGUUACUCUUGAUACUUAUAUCUUGGGGUGGCGCCCCAGUGAUAUGGACAACGGCUACAACCCCUUCUUGCGGUCCGACCAGGUCGGUGUCGCCAUUGGCCUGACCGACCCAGUCUUCCGCUCUCACUUCAAGCAGAAACACGGGAAAGAGAUCGAAGAGGACAUGAACGCCGCAGUCGCCGAGUGGACGCGAACAGUCUUCCCGGGACGAAGCCACUCGUUCGAGGACGUCAAGUUCCUGCAGGAGCACUGGAAGGGCCCCAUCGUGCUCAAGGGGAUCCAGUCGGUGGAGGACGCCAAGACGUGCGUCGAGAUCGGCGUCCAGGGCAUCGUGGUCAGCAACCACGGCGGCAGGCAGUCCGAUGGGGGCAACAGCUCCCUGGGGGUCCUGCCGCGCAUCGUCGACGCCGUCGGCGACAAGCUCGACGUUUUGUUUGAUUCGGGCAUUCGCUGCGGUGCGGAUAUUGCGAAGGCGCUGGCGCUGGGCGCGAAGAUGUGUCUGGUGGGCAGGCCGUACAUCUAUGGUCUUGUCUUAGGCGGCGAGGGCGGCGUCUCGCAUGUGCUGAAGUCGUUGCUGGGUGAUCUGGAGCUGACGCUGCAUCUGGCGGGGAUACGGUCGAGCUUGCCGGAACAUCUCAACCGGUCGGUGCUUGUGAAGGAAGAUGACUUGUUCUAA